AUGACCACUGGAAUUUCGAAUCCGUCGAAUAUUAGAAUACCCAGAAAUACCACAACAAAAUGCCUAGAGACCGAAAUUUAUAACAAACCUUUUGCUAAUAAGAGAAAAUAUACACAUACUGGAGUUCCAAGUAUCAAAGCGUUUCUUGAUAAAUUUUUAUAUUAUUUUUUAAAAAGACUACCGAACAUUGCAUUUCAAAAUAUUGGUCUUGCAGAGACAGGUACACAAUAUUUUACGAACCGCAAUAGUACCUUGAAAGGAACUUUCCUGAUACUAGCAACAAUCAAUGAUGAUUUAUUGACAGAUAACAAUUUACAAACAAAGUCUUUGAGAGACCAAGAACUGGAACGAACUAUUACUGGUAAAGUGAACCCAUCGUUAUUUCAGGGCUUCAGAAAUAUGCUGACUAGCAUUAAAACCCAAAGAAUAAUGUCAGAUGAAUCUUCAGACAUUUCAAGUUACAAAAAUGAAAUAUCAAUUGAAUUAAAUAUAGACACAGAUGUAAUUGAAAGAUCUUAUUCUUUGAAGGCAUUAGAUAACAUAUCUUCAGGCAUUUUUGAAAAAUUAAGCUAUUUCGACAUACAGAAGGCUACAUUUCAAAAGAAUAUUGAUGAUCUAGAUUUGAAAUUAGAAGAAAUAAAUUCUAAAAGGAACAAAAUUGUUAAUAAAAUCAAUGUUGUUAACGAUAUUGAGUUAUACUUGAAAAAUACAAUAGUUGCAUUGACGAGUCGAAAAGAAUUUAUAAGAGCCUACGGAAUCUCCAAUGAUUCUUCUACAGAAACUACAAGUGAGCAAGACAUACUAGAAGGUAAUCUUUUGAGAAAUUUUCUAGGGUCUGAUAAAGAUGAGAUGGAAAAGAUAAAGCUAGGCAGCGAUAUCGAUACUGCAAAUUCUACACCAAGCUCUAUUUCCAUAGAAAUGAUGCCAUCUUUAAACUAUGAAACCAACACUGCAUUUCAAAGGUCGCAAGUUGAUCCAAAUAAACUCUUUACAGCACCAAUAAAGAGGAGGAAUUACAUAUCACAAUCAUUCCAUAGUCAUUACCCUAAGGGAUCUUCCAUUGCCAAGUUAAACAAGGCACACGACGACAAAAUCACAUGUGUGGACUUUGAUUUUCCUUUUGGUACAUUAGCAUCCACGGGAUAUCUUGAUCCAGUCGUAAAACUAUGGGACUUAUCGAAGAGACAAAAUGUUGGUGAACUAAAAGGACACAUGGCCUCUGUGAAUUGCCUUCAGAUGGAUUCCAAAUAUAAUAUUGCGAUAACAGGAAGUAAGGAUGCUACUCUAAAGGUAUGGAAUAUCGAUAUUGCCAUUGAGCAAUUUAUGAAUGACACCUCAAAUAAUGCACCAUUCAUGAAUAAUAAACCUUGUGUAUAUACAUUUGAUUCUCAUUCAGACGAGGUCACAGCAUUAUCUUUUGAUGACGAUAACUUAGUAAGUGGUUCAAAAGACAAAACCAUAAGGCAAUGGGAUUUAAAUACUGGAAAGUGCAUUCAAUUAAUCAAUUUAAAUACUACAUUAAAUUCUAGAUCAACAAGAGUUGAUUUACCAUUGGGAGCCAGUUCUGAUCCACCGCUAAUUGGUGCAAUCCAAUGCUAUGAUGCAGCUAUGGCUACAGGUACCCGUGAUGGUAUAAUACGUUUAUGGGAUCUUAGAAUUGGGAAAGUUGUUCGUACCCUACACGGCCAUGAAAAUGCCAUAUCGACUCUUCAAUUUGAUUCCUCCCUACUAGUUUCAGGUUCACUAGACAAAACAGUUAAGAUAUGGGACCUUGGAUCUGGGACUAUUAUUGAUAACUAUGUGUAUGAUAAUACUGUAUCAUCUCUAAGUUUUGAUGAUAAGAAUAUCACGGUUGCUACAGAUGAUGCAACACCAAGAGUUAUCAGUAGAGAAAAUGGGAAACAUUGGGAGUGUGAUCGAACACCUGACCUGACAUCUACCUCUUCAUUCGUCAAGUACAAUGAAGGGUACAUGGUAGAAGGUAGAAAUAAUGGUGACAUAAAUGUAUGGUCUAUCUAG